UCAGCCAAUGGCGUUUCGAUAAAGGUGGAGCCCACCCUCGCGGGCGGUCACAACCCUACCUCUACUGAAUAUUUAUGAGGGAGGCGGGUCAUUGUCGCUGCAUGCCGCGGGUCGUCGUUGCUGCUAGUCGCGGCCGUCGCCAUGAAGCUCAACGUGGACGGGCUGCUGGUCUACUUCCCCUACGACUACAUCUACCCGGAGCAGUUCUCCUACAUGCUGGAGCUCAAACGCACGCUGGACGCCAAGGGCCAUGGAGUUCUGGAGAUGCCCUCGGGCACUGGGAAGACCGUGUCCCUGUUGGCUCUGAUCAUGGCCUAUCAGCGGGCCUAUCCACUGGAGGUGACCAAACUCAUCUACUGCUCCAGGACGGUGCCAGAGAUCGAGAAGGUGAUUGAAGAACUGCGCAAGCUGCUCAACUUCUACGAGAAGCAGGACGGUGAGAAGCUGCCGUUUUUGGGACUGGCUCUGAGCUCCCGCAAGAACCUGUGCAUUCACCCUGAGGUGACACCCCUGCGCUUCGGGAAGGACGUGGAUGGGAAGUGCCACAGCCUCACGGCCUCCUACGUGCGGGUGCAGUACCAGCAGGACAGCAGCCUGCCUCACUGCCGCUUCUACGAGGAGUUCGACGCCCACGGGCGCCAGGUGCCCCUCCCCAUGGGCAUCUACAACCUGGAUGACCUGAAGGCCCUGGGGCGGCGGCAGGGCUGGUGCCCGUACUUCCUGGCCCGGUACUCGAUCCUGCACGCCAACGUGGUGGUUUACAGCUACCACUACCUCCUGGACCCCAAGAUUGCAGACCUGGUGUCCAAGGAGCUGGCCCGCAAGGCCGUUGUGGUCUUCGACGAGGCCCACAACAUUGACAACGUCUGCAUCGACUCCAUGAGCGUCAACCUCACCCGCAGGACCCUGGACCGGUGCCAGGCCAACCUGGAGACCUUGCAGAAGACGGUGCUCAGGAUCAAGGAGACAGACGAGCAGCGGCUGCGGGAGGAGUACCGGCGCCUGGUCGAGGGGCUGCGGGAGGCCAGCGCUGCCCGGGAGACCGACGCCCACCUGGCCAACCCGGUGCUGCCCGAGGGCUUCCUGCGGCGGCUGCUGGAGUUCGUCAAGUGGCGGCUGCGCGUGCAGCACGUGGUGCAGGAGAGCCCCCCCGCCUUCCUGAGCAGCCUGGCCCAGCGCGUGUGCAUCCAGCGCAAGCCCCUCAGAUUCUGUGCCGAACGCCUCCGCUCCCUCCUGCACACCCUGGAGAUCGCUGACCUGGCCGACUUCUCGCCGCUCACCCUCCUUGCUAACUUCGCCACCCUUGUCAGCACCUACGCCAAGGGUUUCACCAUCAUCAUCGAACCCUUUGACGACAGGACCCCAACCAUCGCCAACCCCAUCCUGCACUUCAGCUGCAUGGACGCCUCGCUGGCCAUCAAGCCGGUGUUUAGUCGCUUCCAGUCUGUCAUCAUCACAUCUGGGACGCUGUCCCCACUGGACAUCUACCCCAAGAUCUUGGACUUCCACCCCGUCACUAUGGCCACCUUCACCAUGACGCUGGCCCGGGUCUGCCUUUGCCCCAUGAUCAUCGGCCGUGGCAAUGACCAGGUGGCCAUCAGCUCCAAGUUUGAGACCCGGGAAGACAUUGCCGUGAUCCGUAACUAUGGGAACCUCCUGCUGGAGAUGUCCGCUGUGGUCCCUGAUGGCAUAGUGGCCUUCUUCACCAGCUACCAGUACAUGGAGAGCACCGUGGCCUCCUGGUAUGAGCAGGGCAUCCUUGAAAACAUCCAGAGGAAUAAGCUGCUCUUUAUAGAGACCCAGGACGGGGCUGAGACCAGUGUGGCCCUAGAGAAGUACCAGGAGGCCUGCGAGAACGGCCGGGGGGCCAUCCUGCUCUCAGUGGCCCGGGGCAAAGUGUCCGAGGGAAUCGACUUUGUGCACCACUACGGGCGCGCCGUCAUCAUGUUCGGAGUCCCCUACGUCUACACCCAGAGCCGCAUUCUCAAGGCGCGGCUGGAAUACCUGCGGGACCAGUUCCAGAUCCGCGAGAAUGACUUCCUCACCUUCGACGCCAUGCGCCACGCGGCCCAGUGCGUGGGGCGAGCCAUCAGGGGCAAGACAGACUACGGCCUCAUGGUCUUCGCCGAUAAGCGCUUCGCCCGGGCCGACAAGCGGGGGAAGCUGCCCCGCUGGAUCCAGGAGCAUCUGACAGAUGCCAACCUCAACCUGACCGUGGACGAGGGCGUCCAGGUGGCCAAGUACUUCCUGAGGCAGAUGGCACAGCCCUUCCACCGGGAGGACCAGCUGGGCCUGUCCCUGCUCAGCCUGGAGCAACUGGAGUCGGAGGAGACAUUGCGCAGGAUCGAGCAGAUAGCGCAGCAGCUGUGACUCCGGGGUGGAGCCGUGGCAUGGUGGCUGUGACAGGGCCAUAAACGCACUCUGACUCCCGUGUCUGCCGGCCCCGUCCCAGCUGGUGGCGGGCCCCGGGGAAGGGCCUGCAGAGAGCUGCGACAGAUUUCCUCACGGCCAAACCCACAGCCUUUAAUACAGCAGGGGAGGGCAGCAGGGAGGCCCAGCCCCCCGGGGGCCCCCUUCCCUCUGCCCGCCCCACCCUUCCUGAAAAGCUGUGUC